CCCAGGCAGUUUGCAGGGACUGCCUUUAUUCUGCAGCCACUACAGUUCGCUUUGAGGAACAGAAGAGGGAGUUGGGCCUAACCACGAUGGAGAGUUAAACACAGCUGUCAUGUUCUUGAUGUGAAACUGGAUACUUCUUUCUUUUGCAGCUCAGCAGGGUUUUAUUCCCACCCUUCCUUUCUCAGCUCUCUUCUACGCACGCAGAGGUAAUGCUGCAAACAGUCUGCACGAGCCCUGAGCUACUGGUCAAGCAAAACAUCACUGAAAAUGAAAGCUGUGGCUACAGUCCAGGCCAGGGAUCUCCGCAGCCUGGGGAAACUGCCAGUCCCAAAAGGCAUUUUCAACAAAGCCCAUCGCUGCCAGACUCUGGAUUAACUGAACUUAAUGUUGCAAGCCCUGAGAUCUACCCAGCUCCUCCACAUAAACCUCCAGCGAUGUCUGCUCCCACUGACUCGGCGCUGGGCUCGGAUCCCCCUCCUCGGAGGCGUUACAUGGGUGUGAGGGUGAAGAUGCCGGUGCGGGAGCUGCUGAGGAAGGUCCGGCUUUCCAGGGGGCUGCAGGCAGCUGCCAGCCAGGUAAGGGCUGUGGGAGGGCGGCCCUCAGAGCUGGGGCUGCAAGAAACCAUCCGUGAUCUGAAUACUGCCCUGCAAUCUAUCCAGAGGUGGCCCAAAGAAACAACUUCGCCCUUUGGCUCUAACAAGCCAGGCUUCCAAAAAGGCUGUGCUCCUGUCCUUGUGUGGCUGCUACAAAUUGCCUGCUCGUGGAAAUUCAUUCAUGUGCAGUCUCUGCUGUGCAAAGUACACAGUGCAAAAUACAAUGCUCUUAGCUUAGGUCACACAGUUUGCCAUUGUUUCACUUCCUUACAUGCGAGCAUUUUAAAUGUAGUUUUGUUUUUAUUAUUAUUUUUGUCUCCUCAGGAAGCCUCAUCAGUGAGGACGGCAAGCAAAGGAUCCUCAGGAAAAACAGCAGAAAAGAGAAGAGUUCACCCUUAUACAGAGAAGCAGCUUAGACAGAGCAAGCAGAGCAUCGGGCAAACGCUAAAAGGCUUAGAGGACCUGGAUAUCCUGGUGGAGGUGCUGCAAGAAGACCUGAACAAAAGCCAGCUGAAGAAGGAAUCUCUGCGUGCUGCGCCCGAUGGCUUUUGGCAGGGCUUCCCUGCAGAGCUGCAGGCCCCUUGGUGGGGAGCUGGAGGAAGCAAGCAGGCAGCUGGCAACGUGCAGGAAAGGUGCCAAAGCUUCACCAAGCUGCGUUCUCAUUGUUGCUUUAUAGACUGCAGCUCGGCAUUGCAGGAGGAGGUAGAGAGCUCCUUUUGUGAUGGUCAGAAAGACAUGCAUGAGCCUGAUUCACCAGGAACGUUCUCAAGGACAAGGGAAAAAGAAAGCAGCUGGUGGAUGCAGGGCAUGGGUAGCAGCACCCAGAAGCACUGCUGGGCACAGCCUGCACAGAGCACAUCUCCCUGCUUCGAUCCACCAGGAGCCCAUCCAGAGCCAUUUGUGGAGGCUGACAGCGACUCUUUGGGUUCCAGAGGAUGCUCGAGGCAGACCUCGAUUGCUUUCACACAGCAGGAUCUCUCUGCCAUCUCUUUCUUCCAGUUCCAGCUACACAGGGAGGAAAGCUUGCUGAGGAAUAUUCCAGCAGACAAACUGCUUGCACCUGAUGAAAAUGGCAACAGGCUGCUGCACAAGGCUGUUGCUCAGGGAAGAAGAGCUCUGACUUACGCGCUAGCACGGAGAUUUGCGUCCCUGAAUAAAAUUGAUGAGAAGGAUGCAGAGAAACGGACAGCACUACAUCUUGCUGCAGAAAAGAACCAGCACCUGAUGGUCGGUGACCUCAUAUCCCUGGGGGCAAACGUCAACGAGCAGGAUGGGCGGGGGAAAACCCCCCUCCACCUGUGUGCAGAGAAUGGGUACCUGCGGGUCUUAGAGGUUUUGAAAAACUGCAAAGACGGCGGUGUGUGCGUAGCAGUGAACGUGGCGGACCACUGCGGUUUGACACCACUGCACUGUGCUGCUCUUGCUCACACCAUCUUAGCCACGGAAUCUCAAAAAACCGACGGUGACAGUGACAUGGGGAGGUUCCUCAAACUACGCAAGGACCAAAUUCUCGAGGGAAUUAACUGCUUGUUGCACAUGGGAGGAAAACCGGAGCUGCAGGUUCUACGUUCGUGUCAAACUACUGCUCCCUGUUUAAAAAUUGAGGAGAACACCGAGCUGAUGUGUUUGCUCCAGACUCAUAAACCCAAGGAACUGGACAUUCUUCAAGAGAGUAAUGGUUUGCUGGCAGCUCCAGGAGUGCCGUGUCCCUCACCAGCAGAUCACUUCUCUGAGCUUCUGCCCGUUUCACCUUUGGACUUCGUUGACAUUAUUCUUAAAGGGAAAUGCUGAUAAGGCUCGUUAUCUGCAUCUCGUGGUCCGUGUGCUGCAGCUGUUGCUGAAGAAUAGGCCAAAAACAGACAGUAAAAGUCUUCAAAAGUAUUAUAGCUUGAACUGCCUGUUGAAGAUAUCUCCUCAGUACCCAGCAAUCAAGAGUAAACUUGAUUGGCAGGGCAAAUCCUUAGACAGUGUUAGAUGCUCCAGUCAAUGAAUUGGUCUUAGCUUUCUCAUGAAGCUGAGCAUUAGCACUGCUUUCUGGAGGGCCAUUGCAACUGUAGAUGUUCUACUUUCCCAAUGUCUGAAUUUUUUUAAUGCAGCUACCAUUGGUUAAGAGGAAAACCUUCUAUUUUAGCCCUUAAGGACCUAGUCCUGAUGGUACCAAUGUAAGGUCAGUCUCUGCAGUCUGAAUUCAAGGCACUGGAAAAAGAUAACAACAAAAUCCCCCCCUCCAAAAAAAAGACAGACCAAAACCCAAAGCACAACGCACAGCUGUGCUGCUACUGAGCAGAUUUUUUCAACAAGAGUCGAGCUGAUUAUCUAUGCAAUCAGAAUUUGCCACCAGCAAUGGACUUCAGGUGAAGUCUGGGAUGUAAAACAUUUGGAAUGGUUUAUCUGUGAUGAUCUAACAGAGGAAUACAGCUUUAUAAAAUGUAGGUCUGUAAGAAUACUUCACAACAACGCGCUGUUAGACCGAGCAGCUUUGCCUAAAAAAUUUUCAACUGCCAGAUACAGAAGUAUUCAAUGGGACUGCUAGAAAUUAGGUAAUUAAUAGAAAGAAAAUUCUCUCCCCAGAUGUAAUGUCAUUUAAUUUGAACUUCUGAUUGUGAAUUAGCUGGUUUCUAUGAAACUUCCCUGUUUGCUACGUAUGGAGCAAUCUACAUUUACCUAGCUACAAAAUGAUUGAUCCAGCAAUCAACUCACAGAUGUACUUCCCAUUAAAGUAGAUGGGAGAUUUUUCACGUGUAACAUUGCAGGAUCCAGCUCUGAGUACUCAGCACGCUUGGGGAACUGAUCUUUAAUGAUCUCUUUGGAUUUUCUUGUCAAAAGGUUCCUUUUAUUUCUUCUUGGGUAUCCUUAAGUGUUAAGCUCCAAGAGCUACGUUGCACAACAUGAAGCAAGUUUUACUAGAAAAGUGACAGUGUUUAAGUUAACUCCAGUGGGAUUUUGGUCCUAUCUUACGUUUCUCAUGUUCUGAACUGCUGAUCAGGGUUGCAUUCAUCUAUGUUCAGAUUCUUGGGUCUGGAUGAGACCUACAUCAAGAUUCUUAUGUGUACCUUAUAGUUCUGUGUUGCUGUUCACAUAAUGGGUUGUAAAGCUGAACAUCCCCCUCCUGCCAUAGGUGUUCUGCAUGCUUUGAUCCUUUCCCCUUUUGGGUUUCACAUGGAAAUACAAAGACUUUCCUCUUGUGCUUUGAGGGGAAGAUCCCCUCUAUUACCACUCUAUUACCUCUAUUACCACUCAUUCCUCCUUCAUGUUGGCAUUUUAACUCACAUCUGAGCUUCCUCAUGUGAAGAGAAUUAAUGAGGAUCGUCUGAGUGGUUCGGCUUUCAUUGGUGGAUUUAAGGAUCAGAUCCAACACUCACUGAAACUGAAGACCCUUUAUGUAAAGUAAAAACGAAGAGAUGCUGCAUCGCAAGCAAAAUGAAGAAUGAAGUGAUACAGUGAACAUAGAAGAGCAUCAGGAAGCAUUUUAAGUGAAAAAAUGAUCAUUUUUAUGGGAUAUCUUUAAAAAGAGUAGAAAUUUACUCUAUAAGAAUUCAACUUUAAUCAAGGAGGACAGGAGCCUUACCCUAUCGUUUAUUCAACAUAUGCUAAACUGAACUAGCCUAUGAAAUAUAUUCUAUGAGUUAUAACUUAAUUGCAUUACCAUUAGUAGGUGUGCUUUACGUUGCUUCAUUGUCCCUUCCUGUCAAUAAAUACAUGAUUUCAUGCUUAUGAA